AUUAAACUUCAUUUCAGCUGCAGAAAAGAUAAAUGCAUAUUAAAUGUUGCCAGACUCUUCUCAGAUUAGACAAAUCGGUGUAUAAAAUUCACAGAUUUGAUAAAAGGACCAAACUGCACUAAUGUUGAAAAAAUUGUCCCGAGUCGGGAGACCGUUUUCAAGGGAGGCAAUUGAACCCAGGUCAAGACGCCGGGUCGUUAUUACAGGAAUGGGUAUUGUCUCUCCUCUUGGAGUUGGCACCCAAAAUGCUUGGAAAGCUCUCAUCGAUGGAAAGUGCGGCAUUGUUAAGCUUACUGAUCCAGAAUACAAGAAGUUACCUUGUCAAAUAGCUGCACUGGUGCCCAAAGGUGAUUCCCCUGAAAAGCUGGACUUGAAUUCACGUUUUACCCCAGCAGAAUUACGAACAAUGUGUCCAGCGACAGCCUAUGCUUUAGUUGCCACAGACGAGGCAUUAACGGAUGCUCAGUGGAAACCAACCGAUGAAUCGGACAGACGCAACACAGGAGUAGCGGUAGGGAUCGGGAUGAUUGACUUGGCAGAUGUUUGCAACACACACGAAGCAAUGAAAGAAAGCUACCGCAAAGUUAGUCCUUACUUUGUACCCAGAAUUCUACCGAACAUGGCAGCGGGACGUAUUAGCAUUGCGUACGGGUUCCGGGGCCCCAACCACGCAGUGUCAACAGCCUGUGCAACGGGCGCGCACUCCAUUGGUGACGGUUUCAGGCUGGUACGUGGGGGUGAAACAGAGGUGAUGGUAUGUGGUGGUACAGAAGCAUGCAUCAGUCCACUAGCUAUUGCAGCAUUUUGCCGACUUCGGGCUCUCUCCACAUCAAGGAACGAAUUUCCCCAAGAGGCUUCCAGACCCUUUGACAAGACCCGAGAUGGCUUUGUCAUGGGAGAGGGCUGUGCUAUCCUAGUCCUAGAGGAGCUAGCUCAUGCCCGGUUCAGGAAGGCAUCUAUUUAUGCCGAAGUAUUAGGAUACGGACUCUCUGGAGAUGCCGUUCAUCUGACGGCACCCUGCAGCGAGGGUACUGGCGCGCUUCUAGCCAUGGAUCGUGCUCUAAAAGAUGCGGGCCUUGCAACUAGUGAGGUUAACUACGUAAACGCACAUGCUACCUCGACACCGCUUGGUGACACCGUAGAACUUAAAGCCAUCGAUGCUCUCUUUGGAGAACGAGCCAGCAAUGUUACCGUCUCCAGUACCAAAGGAGCUCAUGGACAUCUACUAGGCGCCUCAGGGAACCUCGAAGCAGCCUUCACAGUGAUGGCCUUACGCCAUGGCAUUUUCCCUCCAACCAUUAACCUCCACCAGCUGGAUGCACCCUCCGGAACUAAUCUAAACUUUGUACCGAAUGUCAAACGCGAAUGGAGAGGAACUUCUAGGAGGAUUGCUCUAAAGAACGCCUUCGGAUUUGGAGGCACCAAUGCUUCCUUGUGUUUAGCACAGUUCCUGGAAUAAUACACAUUUCCCUUCUUGAA